AUGUCUGAAACUACGCGUGCAAACCCCCUCUACAUAGACUGGUCUCUGUACCUCGUCACAGAUUCGACACCCGCCAUCCUGGGAGACAAGGAUAUCCUGCAUAUCGUCGAUGAAGCAUGCCAGGGUGGCGUGGGCGUGGUGCAGUAUCGUGAGAAACAUGCCGAUACCGGCGUCAUGGUCGAUUUGGCCUCCAAACUCCACGCCAUCACGCAGAAACACGGAGUUCCCCUCUUGAUCAAUGACCGUGUCGACGUGUGCAUGGCCGUCGGCGCCGAAGGCGUCCACAUAGGUCAGGAUGACAUGGACGUUACUCGCGCCAGACAGCUCCUCGGACCAGGGGCCAUCAUAGGGGUCACAGCCUCGUCGCCGGCAGAGGCUGACAAGGCCAUCGAGGACGGUGCAGACUAUCUGGGAAUUGGCACUACGUUCGCCACGCCCACAAAGACGGACACAAAGCACAUUAUCGGAACGCGGGGCCUCCAGGAGAUUCUGGCCACCUGCGACACCGGUACCGCAAAGUCCGUCCCCUGUGUGGCUAUUGGCAGUAUCAACGCCACGAAUGUUCAGCGCGUGCUGCAUCAGUCCGCCUUUGACACAAACCGCCUGAGCGGGAUCGCCGUGGUCAGUGCCAUCAUGGCGUCGACCGACCCCAAAACAUCCGCAAGCACACUUCUCGACUUGAUCAAAUCGGCGCCUGAAAAGUUCUACGCGGCUGUUCCUCCACACAUACCUGUGACCACCGAUGUCAACACGCUCAUCGCCCAAGUUCCUAAAAUCAUCCGGGCACAUUUCUCGUCUGGCGUCAUCUGCCACAACAUGACCAACACGGUGGUGCAGAAUUUCGUCGCCAACGUCUGUCUCUGCACGGGCGCCUCGCCAAUCAUGUCGGAGCACGAGGGCGAAGCCGCAGAUCUAGCUAAACUCGGCGGCGCGCUUGUCGUCAAUAUUGGAACCAUCACGCCAGACAAGUUGGAGGCAUGGGUUGCAGGCAUAAAGGCGUACAACGCUGUCGGGGCACCGAUCCUGCUCGACCCGGUUGGCGGUGGUGCGACAGCUGUGCGCCGUGCUGCGAUCCAGCGCCUCCUCACAGCAGGCUUCUUCAGCGUCAUCAAGGGCAAUGAGGGCGAGAUCGCUGCUGUGGCGGGCACAUCCACAACGCAGCAACGAGGCGUGGACUCUGGACCCUCAACCUCGAGCCCCGAGCAGAAAGCCCAACUGGUCAAGAGCCUGGCGCGGCGCGAGCGCUGCAUCGUCCUCAUGACGGGCAAAACCGACUACCUGUCCGACGGGACACGCACGCUCGCCAUCCACAACGGCACAUCCUGGCUGAGCAAGGUCACCGGGUCGGGAUGCGCCCUCGGCGCCGUCAUCGCCAGCUACCUGGCCGUGCACCCGGACGACAAGUUCCUCGCCACCCUCGCUGGGAUCCUGCAUUUCGAACUCGCCGCCGAAGACGUUGCCAGCUUUUCCUACGGGCCCGGCUCGUUUGUGCGCUUGUUUCUGGAUUCGCUUUAUAGCCGGGGAGAAAAGAUGGUCGGUGAAGAGGACAGUGAGGCCCAGGCCGAGAAGUUCGCUUCAUUCGUCAAAGUGGAAAUGAUUUUAUGA